CCACACACGACGCGAUUCUCAAGAAAGACGAACGCCGUCCCUCUCCUAUCCGAAACUCUGUCCAUAAUCCGAGAAACUGCCGAUGCUCUACCAAACGAGGAGGAAAGUGAAGAUCUCCGUGCCUGGUACGGCAUAGACUUGAGAGACUUCCAAGAGACUGUGUGGAUACCCUGAAGGAGCAGAGCUGUAAGACACUGGAAGCACCGGAACAGCGGGUUAGGAAAUUGAGAGAGCCCCCCGACUCGGUCUGAACUGCCGCAAGCGCGGUUUUUCACUCUCUCGUUACGUCUAUGAAGACAUGCAACUGCUAUCCCAGCCACGAAUGUGCAGUGCGACUCGAACUAGCCACGUAUCGGACGCCCCAAACAGCGGAUCAAUAUAGCUUCGAUAUAUUCGUUACAGUGAAGCUGUGUGAGUCAUUGUGGCAACAAGCGCAGUUACAGGCCAGUCCCCUCCAGAGAAAACCCAAGGUGAGAAUUGAAGUUCCAACAAAGCGUCAGAGAAUUGGAAGUUCUUCUGUGCGUCUUGCUAUAAAGAAGCUGUGUGGACGAAUCGACAAAAUCAAGGCCAAGCCUUUGCGGAGACUGAACAGGACGCUUGAAGACGGCAGGCUAUGGAAAGCCCAGUCUUCUCGGAGCAAGGCUCUCUUGAAGAGUUCGGACGCGCCGCUGUCAUUAGAGCAAAUUUUCAAGGAAAAUGCUGCCACUUUGACCGAGAAGACUAAGCGCGUACCCGCAGUACUUCUUGGAUACACGGUCCUUCGCCUGCACGGAACUCCGUGGCUCUAGCCUUCCGGUUUCACAUCAUCCAAUAUUCUGUUCUUGAAUACAUUUCAAUUCACCCCGCUAUCAUUUUAUUCAUACUACAGUGGAUCUUGGUGGUAUCGGGGUUGGGAAUGGAGAGGGGUUGGAAAACACAAUCGAUGCUAUCGAUCCAGACGAUAUACCGAUCCAUCCGUAUCCGCAUAUCGUAAUGCUGGCAGUUAUGCUCAUGGAGGUGUAUGUGUCUCAACCUUCGAAAUCGUUUUAUGGGACGAUCUAAAGAAAUCGGAAAAGAAUGAGCGCUGGGGAAUUGCGACGGACGCCUUCAAACGGACAA